AAAUCCAGCAUUCGUGUGGGAGAGAGGGAGUGUGUGGAGAUGCUCUGUGUGAAAGUUCCCGGAUGAAGGUGUAACGCCAUCUUUACUCCACCAUUCAAGCCGCAGCUGUUGCUCUCGUAGGGGCCUGCCGGUGAACUCGCACUCCUCCUUCGCUCCCAAUCUCACAAAACACGCUCGCCGCGCGCUGUCCAACAUGGGUGACCGGGAGGAUUUGGUGUACCAAGCCAAACUCGCCGAGCAGGCGGAGAGAUACGAUGAAAUGGUCGACUCCAUGAAGAAGGUGGCUGGGAUGGAUGUUGAGCUAACAGUUGAAGAGAGAAACCUGCUCUCGGUGGCCUACAAGAACGUUAUUGGGGCAAGAAGAGCAUCCUGGAGGAUAAUCAGUAGUAUUGAGCAGAAAGAGGAGAAUAAGGGUGGAGAGGACAAAUUGAAAAUGAUUCGGGAAUAUAGACAAACAGUUGAGAAUGAAUUGAAAUCAAUCUGCAAUGACAUCCUCGAUGUGUUGGACAAGCACCUAAUCCCAGCUGCAAAUUCAGGAGAGUCCAAGGUCUUCUACUACAAAAUGAAGGGUGAUUACCACAGGUAUCUCGCUGAGUUUGCCACAGGAAACGACAGGAAGGAGGCUGCAGAAAACAGUUUGGUUGCAUACAAAGCUGCUAGUGAUAUUGCAAUGACAGACCUUCAGCCUACACACCCCAUUCGCUUGGGUCUGGCUCUUAAUUUCUCCGUAUUCUACUAUGAAAUCCUCAACUCUCCCGACCGUGCAUGCAGGUUGGCAAAGGCGGCAUUUGACGAUGCUAUUGCUGAACUGGACACAUUGAGUGAAGAAAGCUACAAGGACUCGACACUCAUCAUGCAAUUGUUACGUGAUAACCUGACACUAUGGACUUCAGAUAUGCAGGGAGACGGUGAGGAACAGAAUAAAGAGGCGCUGCAAGAUGUGGAGGAUGAAAACCAAUGAGACAACACAGCCAAUAUGAGACUCCACCCCCUCUCCCUCCCCCUCCCCUCCCCUCCCCCAGACCCCACUCACAAAGGGAGCCACCAUGCCCAACCUUAUGAGUGGCACUCAACAGCUUGAUGCCUCCCAGUUUUCUCUCCCUUUGUUUGAUUUUUAAUAUUAUUCUGUUUUAUUAGCCCUUAAAUUGAAAUAAAAUAUACCACUCAUGAAACCAACUUCAAUUAUGAUUUUUGAAUGAUCAGAACUUAAAUACUUCUUUGAGUAUUUUUUUUCUUGUCCUGGUACAACAUUUGUCCUUUUUUUUUAUGUUCAUUUGCUUUAUUUCUCAACAUUUUUAUCAGUUGCUGGAUAUAUUUUGAGUUUUUCUUAAUGUAAUUACAGAAAUUAACUUUUAUUACUGUUACUGAUGUCUACUAUUAGUUGUUUGAGCUGUAAUAUUUCUGUGUUAGUGCAAUUAUAAAAUGCAGUUAAAGAAAACAAUUAAACCUUUAAAAGGGCAAGUCUAAACAAAGUGCUCUUUUUGUUAAUUUAGUUUUUCAGAGAAAGUCGAAGCAAAUUUCUUGAUAUCCAUGUGGAGCAAAAUGCUUAACAUCACCAAGUAGUAGUUAUGUAGUAACAUUUGCCAGUGGUCUGGACUGUAAUUUGUGCUAAAAUACUGUAUUGCUCACAUAGGCUGAUGAUGAUGAUAGUGGGUGGAUGGAUGGCUGCAGCUCUAUAAAUCUGAAGGAGCCUUGUUGCUUUUAGAACUAAGACAAAUGCAGGUCUCCAUUUGGCUGUCUCAAAAAGAAAAAAAAAAGCACUAAUAAAGUUGAUUUUAAGCCUGCAUGAGUUACAUGAAAUAGUCUAUUUUUCUUCUCCCCUCUGAAUCUACAAUGCAUAUCAUUUCUUCUGUACUUUGUUAACUUGAAACUAGUUUGUACUACUGGAUAUCUGACUGGAACCACAGACGUAGAAUCUGUAUUACAACGAAACAGCAUGGAAUUAACAAUUAACUUAAAACUGCCUCAAGUAAAAUAUUUAACCACC